AUGUCCCGUUACGCCGAAGCUCACGCCAACGCGCAGGGUGCUGGAGACGCCCGGCCUACGGCCCUCCAGAUUGUCAAAGACGAGGAAAUGGACGGAAAAUUGACUGGCAAAGUCGCCGUCAUCACCGGCGUCUCCUCUGGAAUUGGCAUCGAAACAGCUCGGGCUAUCGCUGCCACGGGAGCACGACUUUUCCUCACCGCACGAAACCUCGACAAAGCAAAGAAAGCUCUAGAAGAAUUCUUUGAUCCGACUCAGAUGGAGCUGGUCGAAAUGGAUCAGCUUUCUUUCGAUAGUGUGCGAGCUGCUGCUAAAACGAUUCUGUCCAAGACUGAUCAAAUCACUCUUCUCGUUAACAAUGCCGCUAUCAUGGCCGUCCAGGACCUACAGCUUACGGAGCUCGGUCAUGAGGUUCAAUUUGCAACAAACCAUCUUUCUCAUUUCCUUUUCUUUAACCUUCUCAAGCCCGCACUGCUGGCUGGUUCUUCUCCUAAGUUCCAAUCUCGAGUUGUCGUUGUGUCUAGUGCGGGACAUCGUGUUCAGCCACUGAACUCCCCGGACAACUACCACUUCCAGAAGGGCAACUAUACUGCCUGGGGAUCCUACUCUCAGUCAAAGGUGGCUGGGAUUCAUAUGGCCAACGAGAUCGAACGUCGUUAUGGAUCAAGCGGCCUGCAUGCGCUGAGUCUGAAUCCUGGUAUUAUUGCGACUAAUCUCGGUUACUAUUUGCCCGAAGAGGAGAUUCAAGCGAUGCUGUCAAAUCCAUUUAUUUUGAAGGUCCAGAAGAGCAUUGAACAGGGUGCAUCGACCACACUAUGGGCUGCAGUUUCUAGAGAAUUGGAAGGAGAAGGCGGCUUAUACCUUGACAACUGCUCUAUUGCUGAGCGUGCUGAGGACGGUGAUACCUUAACUCCGGGAAAGUAUGCCAGUUAUGCCUUCAAUUCUGAAGCUGACGCUCAACUUUGGAAGGAUUCACUGAACAUGGUUAGUCUGCCAAGUGAGAAAUAG